UAACCGACCAUACUCGCUUGGAUCCGGCUAUGGACGAGACGGGCUUGGCUCGGUUGCUCGGCAUCUACGGUGGCACCUGCUUCCUCGUUUACGUCGAGACGAGCGGUUUCACCAAGACGCAGGGCCUGAUAGACAGUCUACCGCUGGCCAUGCUCUCGUUCUUGGCCCUAACUUCUAACAUGGCCGUAAAACCUCGGUUCACUACGGCUGCGGCCUUCGCUACCCUAGCGCUCUCCCGCUACCUGAUUGUUUCAAAAUCUUCUUAUGAAUUAAGUGUAAUAGGAUAUAUCCUGGUUGUUAUUGGGCAUUUACUGUACUUUUCAACUUUUCAAUCACUAAUAGAUGAAUGGUCCAUAGCUCUAAGCAUGCUUGGCACGACAUACUUCGCUACACUCUCGUAUCAUUGUUUUGCCGAUCUAUUCGACUCCAUACCAUUUCUCGUUCUCUUACAUGCAUGCGUUUUUGCUUCUUCCUGUUUUCUGGUUGUGGCUGCUGGCUCUGUUUGUGAACAAAAUGCCGAUCAAGACGAUGUAAUAGCACAGGCGUCCUAUAUGCGGCUCAUUGGAACGCUGUUGAACUGCUCGAGCAACACGAUAUUCUUGCUCAGCUUAUUCGCAUUACGUAUAGAAACUCUACAAAUCUUCUCUCAAUGCCUACUCUACUUAGCUGAUGGUCUCAUGUACCUGGCAAAUGAGAGAACAUUCUGACAAAGUAUCUUGCAUAAAACUGUACGCAUCAAAUAUAAUAAAGAUGUCGCUUAAAA